GCGGCGGGCGGCGGCUCCGUGAGGGUGGCGGUGCGCGCCAAGCCCGGCGCCCGCUGCAGCGCCGUCACAGAUGUGACAGCUGAGGCAGUAGGAGUAGCUAUUGCUGCACCUCCAUCAGAAGGGGAGGCAAAUGCAGAGCUGUGUCGCUACCUCUCUAAGGUGCUCGAAGUGAAGAAGAGUGAUGUUAUUUUAGAGAAGGGGGGUAAAUCACGUGACAAAGUGGUGAAGAUUUUGGUAUCAGCAACACCAGAUGAAAUUUUAAAGAAACUGAAAGAAGAAGCUUCCAGUUGACCUAAAACAAGAGCAAGAAAUAGGAAAAAGCAUCUUGGUAUAUGGACUGGUAUUCUGUCUUACUUAAUGUAGUGCUGUUGAGAAUGUGGGUAAUGACUACAGGAAGAUACUUCUUCCCCUCCCCUCCCCUCUAAGUGAAGCAAAUGUUGGUUAACAAAGCAAAAGGCUUGGAGUGACGCCUGCCAUGUGGGAAGUGGUACCAAAGGACAAAUCUGGAUGGCAGAGACAUAAAGGAGACUGAUCUCUCUGGUAUCUCACAGUAGGUACUGUGUGCAGCUUUUCACUGUGGGCACUUACAGAGAUCUAAAAUAAAUGUCUUGGAAGCCAGUGUGCUGUUGUUGAUUACACAGACAAGCUGAAAGUAGAAUCACCUGAACAACUGAAAAAAACCCAGAAGUUUUCAGUAUGAAAAGCCAGUGCAGAACCUGGUCAUUGCACAUGUGGGGUCACUUUGUAAUAGUCUGUAAAUAGUUUCCUUAAAAGUAGAGAUAUGUUCAUAUAUUUCUUUGCCAAUUGUAUGUCACCUGUAAUGACUGUUUUUAAUAAAAGAGGUAAAAAGGA